AUGAUAAAGUUAAUCAAAUUGAAUGCUUCAUCACUCGAUGUUGGCCUGUUCUAUGGCAAAAAAUCAUCGGUGAAUAAUACCUAUUUGGACAAACUUAGGAUUACUAAAUGCCUGCUGAAGGCUAUUCCAAGAUCUAUAGGCCAUCUAAAAAAUGUUAAAGUUGUUACUAUACUCGAUACAAAGCUGGAAAUUGUCGACUUCGGGUCCUUUGCUAUGUUGCAGAACUUGAGAAAGCUCGAUUUAAGUAGUAACAUGAUCAAGCAUGUCUUUCAAACAGCUAUGUCGGAAGCACACUUUCCUAGCUUAAUAGGGAUUGAUCUACAAGGUAAUCGUUUGAAAAUCAUUGAUAUGAAUAUAUUUACAAGCAUGAAAUCACUACGCUGGUUGUAUUUAAGUAAAAAUAAGCUUGAUCGCGUUGAAGGACCAAUCGCGUCUUUGAAAUUGAAAGAUCUUCGAUUAUCGAGUAAUCGUCUAACGAAACUAGAUUGUUGCAACUGGAAUUUAAGUUCAUUAACGGACUUCAUUUUAUCAAAUAACAAGUUGAAACGGCUACCGACGAUGGUUUCUGGAACACAAUAG